ACAACACUCAAACUCGUACUCGUGCAAAAUGCUUCCUAUAAAUACAGAACAUUUCGGCAAUCGUUAACCUCAACUCUUGCAGUCUACAAUCAUUUAUUUCAGGCGUGAAGAAUGGAGAAGCAGCAGAAUUUGGAAUGGGAAGCAGCACAGAGCAUUGCGAUCAGUGUCGACCUUGUUUCCGCGGCUAAAAAGCAGCUCAAGUUUCUCGCGGCUGUUGAUCGGAACCGUUGGCUCUAUGAUGGCCCCGCUCUAGAUAGGGCUAUUUACAGGUACAAUGCUUAUUGGCUUCCAUUGCUGGCGAAGCAUUCUGAAUCACCACUUUUCGAAGGCCCAUUAGUUGUCCCUUUGGAUUGUGAAUGGAUUUGGCACUCUCACAGGCUCAAUCCAAUUAGAUACAAGAAAGACUGCCUGGAGUUGUAUGGCAAACUUCUUGACAACAGGAAUGUUAUUUCUUCUGUGGAAGGAGCUUCGAAAAACCAAACUGAGGACGCGUGGAAAACAUUGUUUCCAGGCGAGCCGUUUGAGCUAGAUUUGGAAGUUAAGCAAGAGAACACCACUGGUGAUGGUGUAGUGGCAGAGAAGUUCACAAAGUAUGAUUUGGUCUCAGCUGUUCAAAGGCAAACUCCUUUCUUUCAUCAGGUCUCCCAGCCCCAUAUGAAUGAGACUCGCUAUAUUAGAGGAGCUGUGGCUAGAUACAAAGGAUUUCUACACCUGAUCAAGAGAAACAAGGAGCAAGGCAUACAAAGCUUCGUUGUUCCCACUUACGACAUUGACCUCAUUUGGCACACUCAUCAGUUGCAUCCAGCUUCUUAUAGCGAAGAUCUUGUUAAAUAUAUGGGAAGGAUUUUAGAGCAUGACGACACUGAUUCUGACAGAUCAAAAGGUCAGAAACUGGAUGUUGGGUUCACCGGGACGAACAUGACAUUCGAGGACCUGUUUGGCCGUAGGUACUGGAGAGCUGGAGCAAUGUACAAAGGUGUUGCACCUUCACCUGUCAGACUCUCUCCUUACUCAGGCACUGACAUGAAGGAGGAGUCAAGCUGUACUCAAAACCCAAAAUUACAACUUCCUUCCAGGGAAGUGUUUGAGGUCAUGUUGGAGUUCGCAGGCGUAAGGAACCUGCCAGAGGGACAUAAUGGAAGUCUCUUUGUGACCUUGAGUAAAUCAGGGACAGAUAAGAUCUUCAACGGUCAUAGAAUCAUUAAAAUUGUAGCCGAAUCUGGUGAGAAACAAGUGGCAACCUUCCGGUGUCAGCCUACGGGGAACCUACAAUGUGAACUCAUGUCCUCCUCACCUUCUGUUUCAAUGGGCACAAUGUCCAUAUCUCUGGAAGACUUUUUGUCAUCCGACUCCGAUCUUACAGUGGAGAAAUGGUUUGAUUUGGUUUCUUCAAAUACCACGGAAACCAAGCCAAUUGGCUUGCGAGUGGCCAUCUCCGUUACCACGCCUACCCCAGCACCAUAUACGCUUAAUAUGGUUCACUCUCAGCAGCCAAUUCCAGGCAAGCCCCAGUUUUCCAGAGAUUUGACAGCCAUAGUUGAUGAGGAUGGCAAGAUGCUGAUAAAUCUACAUAUAAGAGAUAUGCACAAGUCAAGAGGCAAGAAAGAAUGUAGAAGAAGAGUUUUGAUUGGAAACAUGGCUUCGGGAAAAUCAUGUACUCUAGCUGAGUUUACAGGCUUCAAAUGGUCUAUGGUGAAUUCUCCAUGGUCUGUUAAGCUUCCGAACGCGAACAAUGACGACGGACAUAUCUUCGAGUUGACUGGCCCUUAUACUGUAAGGUUUUUCCGAGGUGGAAGGUUGGAUUACGAUUCAAACAGUCAACAUGAACCUCACCUAUUUACCGCGAUAAAGUUCUCACCUGAAGAGCCUUAUGGAACAACAGUGGGAUUACUUAACAUGAAGUCUGGCACUAUCAAGGUCAAAGAAGAAUGGUUCAUUUUACCUAGCAUCAUAGUUACAUGUAUACUUGGUAAGAUAUUGAGGAAGACCAAUCAGGCUCCUCUGCAAACAAAAAUUGGUGCUACUUGUGUAAGUGGUGGCUGUGGAAUCAUGAUGGCUAAUUGUGGUGUUACCGGCGUUAUUAGUGGUUGUGGUAGUUGUGGAAGCAUGAUGGCUAAUUGCGGUGUUAGUGGGGGAUGUGGAAACAUGAUGGCUAACUGCGGUGUUACCGGCACUGGUGGCGCUUGCGGACUUAGUGGUGUUAAAUCUGAAAGAGUGAUGGCUAACUGUGGCGUUAGCAGUACUAGUGGUGGUUGUGGUGUACCGGGGAAAAUGAUGGCAAAUUGUGGUGUUAGCGGUGCUAGUGGUAGCUGCGGUGUUAGCAGUCGUGGAUCUGAAAACAUGAUGGCUAACUGUGGCGUUAAUGGCCGUGUUGGUGCUAAAUCAGAAUGUGUGAUGGCCAACUGCGGUGUUAAUAGCCGUGCUAAAUUUGAAAGUGGUGUCAGUGGUGGUGCUAAAUCUGAAACUGCAAUGGCUAACUGUGGUGUUAGUGGUGGCGCCAAAUCUGAAAGCGCGAUGGCUAACUGUGGUGUUAGUGGUGGUGCUAAAUCUGAAAGUGCAAUGGCCAACUGUGGUGUUAGCGGUGGCGCCAAAUCUGAAAGCGCAAUGGCUAACUGUGGUUUUAGUAGUGGUGAAUCUGGAAGCAUGAUGGCUAACUGUGGUGUUAGUGGUGGCGCAGAAUCUGAAAGUGCAAUGGCUAACUGUGGUGUUAAUGGUGGUGCUAAAUCUGAAAGUGCAAUGGCCAACUGUGGUGUUAGUGGUGGCGCCAAAUCAGAAAGUGCGAUGGGUAACUGUGGUGUUAGUAGUGGUGAAUCUGGAAGCAUGAUGGCUAACUGUGGUGUUAGUGGUGGCGCCAAAUCUGAAAGCGCGAUGGCUAAUUGCGGUGUUAGUAGUGGUGAAUCUGGAAGCAUGAUGACUAAUUGUGGUGCUAGUGGUGGUGUUAAAUUUGGAAAUAUGAUGGCUAAUUGUGGUGUUAGUAAUGAGGCUAAAUCUAAAAGUGUGAUGGGCAAUUGUGGUGUUAGCGCUGGUUGUGGUGUUAGUAAUGGUGAAUUUGGAAGCAUGAUGGCUAAAUGUGGAGUUAAUAGUGGCAGUGGAUCCAAGAUUGGGAUGGGCAGUGGUGGUUGUGGAAUUAGUCUUAGUGAAAAUGGAAUCAUGAUGAGUAACUGCAGUGUUAGCGGAGGUGCUAAAUCCGAAAAUAUGAUGCCUAACUGUGGUGUCAGUGGUGUUAGCAUGAUGGCAAACUGUGGUGUCAACGGAGGUGCUAAAACCAUGAUGGCUAACUGCGGCGUUAGCAGUGGUAUGUCUGAAAGCAUGACGGCUAAUUGCGGAGUUAGCAAUGAAGAAUCUGGAAGCAUAAUGGCCAACUGCGGUGUUUCCAGUGGUGCUAAUUGCGGUGUUAGUAGUGCCAAGGAGUCGACAAAAUGUGGUGGAUGCGGGGUAAAUGUGGAAGCAAAUUAGACCAAGAGAUUGUCAUAUAUGUAUUUGUAUUUGUAUUGUAUUGUAUGUGUUUUUUUUCUAUCUUUUGUGGUUUUGAGUAUGAGCUAUUGUAAUCUUUCUGCCACUUGUUGGUAACCUCUCUUCUCCUUGUGUGACGAAUAAAGCUAUGAGUUUUCAUGUGUUAAA